AUGUCACUCAACUAUACCGGGAUUGAAAUCAAGACAGCACAUUCCCUAGAGUCUUGGAAUGGAGGCGUUCUAGUGAUGGUUUCGGGUUCUGUUCAUAUAAAGCAUUUUAAUGGCCGGCAGAAAUUCGUACAAACUUUUUUCCUUGCACCCCAGGAGAAAGGCUACUUUGUUCUUAAUGAUAUUUUUCACUUCAUUGAAGAUGAUCCAAUUAACCAGCAUCCAGUAGCCUAUUUUGCCCAAAGCAAUCUUGAUUCCAAAGUAAAUACUUCAACUGCUAUUCAGGAACAAGUUUCCAAUCACAUGUUCGGUGAAGAUCUCCAAGCGGCCGGAUUUGUAGCUUCAGCUAAUAUCCACGAAAAUGGUCCAGUUGAGAGCUCCAGUUUCCCAGAUGAACAUCUGCAGCAAGUCCCUGAAGCUGAAAACAUUCUUGAAGACAAUUUUGCAGUACAAGCAAAUGGUUCUCUUCAGAGUAUAAUGAACCCUGUGAAAGACCAUCUCUCACCUGUUGAGGAACCUGUUGGGGAGCCCCAGAAGCACACUUAUGCUUCUAUUGUUGCUAAAGGACAAUCUGCACCUUCAGUACCCCGUCAGCCCUCUUUUAACAAGACAACACCUGCUUCUGAGUGGCAUCAUGUUCCAGAACUCUCUAUUCAUCAGCAGGUUGCUUGGCCAAUUGCUCUUGAAAGGUCUGAGGCUGAGGCUGCGGAGGAGGUAUCAGCUGUGGAAGAUGAAGGUGACACUUUCCCCAGUGUUUCUCAUGUUUUAUUAUCACUUAUAUAA